AUGAUCAAUCAUGGUCGUAUGGGAUCAGCUCAGGACUUCUUUGGUCAAUUGUGGAAGGAGUACGCGCUCUCCGAUUCGCGCUACUUGACGUCUGACACCUUAGUGCUAUGCAUGGAGACAAUCACAGUUAUAAUCGUUUGCAUGGCCCAUCUUUACGGCGAUACGCUGUACUUCGCCACCAGUAUAUACGACGAUCAUGCUCAUGAACGGCCGUAUUGCCGACCGGAACCUUUUUACUUCUGGGUCUAUUACUUUGGAAUGAAUUUCAUCUGGAUUGUUGUUCCUGCCAUUUAUCUGUAUCAAAGCAUGAAAGCGAUUUCCUAUGCCAUGAAGAAAGCUGAGAAGAUCUCGCAAUCCCUCAAAUCUGAGUGA